CGAACAGCAGCUGAGCACAGAGUAGCCAGGCGGUGUGCAUUCUGAAGUGGUCGUCUGAUUGAAUAUUUUUUUUUCUUUUAAACUAGGUUUGAAAUCUAGAAUAAAGACCUGUGAGACACAAUGAGGCCACUGAAGAACGAGGAAACCGUCUUGGUUUUUACUAAGCUGAAAAAAUACAUUGGAAGUAAUGUCCGAGCCCUCUUAGAAAGGUCAGAUGGGCUGUAUUGCUUCCGCCUUCAUAAUGGCAGAAUAUAUUAUGUAAAGGAAGACAUAAUGAAGUUUGCUGCAACGUUACCUCGGGACAACAUUGUCUCCCUAGGUGUGUGUUUUGGCAAGAUAACAAAAGGAGGAAAGUUCUUACUUCACAUCACAGCCUUAGACUUUCUUCAUCCUUAUUGCCAGAACAAAAUAUGGAUCAAGGAAUCAGCAGAACAAAACUUCAUGUAUGGCAAUCAUGUUUACAAAUCUGGCCUGUCACGAAUUUCAGAAAAUACUCCAAAGUAUGCUGGAGUAGUUGUGCUUUCUUCAAAGGAUAUCCCAUUGGGAUUUGGAGUGGCUGCGAAAGCAACGGCAGAAUGUCGACAUGCUGAUCCCAUGGAUAUAAUUUGUUUCCACCAAGCGGACAUUGGAGAAUAUGUCAGAAAUGAAGAGGCUUUGAUCUAGGCUGGCAGGGUUUUUAUAAUGAUUUUUUAUAGCAAGAUAUUUUUCAUUUGUUAUAGAUCAUAUUGGAAUGAUUUUAUAAGUUUUGUGACAAAAAUAAACAGGAAAAGAGAAACAAAAA